GAAAAAGAAAAAACAAUAGUGGACGAAAUUAACUCGACAGGGGUAAUGAUCGGGUCUGGUUGAAGGAGAGUCUCCUUAUUCCUCCAUCAUGGGUAUCGACACCCGCAGACCGAUCUUACCUGCACCCACUGAAUCUAUUGUCGACACUACCACCACUGGUGGUAGCGUAACAGGGACUGAUUUGGCAACUGACGUAUCUCGACGCACAGACAAAACGUCGUACUCCAUACCGGACGACGGCAGUCCCGUAACUAUCUCCACUCGGCGCAAGAACCGUACCCACGGGGACGAAUCCAAACUGUCCCGGUCAGCGCAGCACUCCCAGACCUCCCUGCUCAUCGAAUAUUUCGAGGGCGGGAAGGGUUCUGGCUCCUUGGUCUCCCGACCCAGUGUCCGAGUUCGAGUCACUCCUUCAAACUCCCGGAAGCGCAAGGAUUCAAAAGAUCACAUCCAGAUUACUGAAUCCAACGGGAACCGCAAGCCCGUCUACUCGCGCCGGAUUUCUUUUAGCUCGCCAUCCAGGAACAACAAGUCCAGUGAUGAUUAUAGCAUCUGCUCUUUCAACUCAGGUACCGAUGAGAACCAGCAGCCCUCUGGUCAUACACCCGUGGAAAUCGAGCUUGUGAAUCGCGACCAGAGCAGUGAGCUGUCUAGCGACGCAAGAUAUUUCCAACCAACCUCGGACAUCUCGUCGAUGCCCGCGGAUAGCAUGCUAGAAGCCUCCUCUUCUAACAUACGACGAAAACGCAGCCAAAGUUCAUCGCGAGAACGUGAGCACAGUCCGGAAUACAAAGACUAUCUCCAGACACCCAGGCGACAAAGAAGCCGCAGCCUGAGUACGGAACGCAUCGCUCAUCGAGUGGCGGAGAAGCUGAGUAACGAUCCUCGUGAGACUUCUAAAGGCCAACUGAAUAAGGGAGACACUGCCGACUUCCACGAACCAGAGUCCAAGUCUCGAUCUCACUUAUCGGCAUACCCAGACGAAGACAUGAGUCCAAAUCCGAGUUUGCUGAGCGCGUCAGCGUUGUCCGCCCAUCGUAAAUCUGGCGAUCAAUAUUCCUUCCGGUCUGGCACCUCCAAGUCAUCGAUCAACAACCCAAAGCUCCUCGAGACCGUUGAAGAUGCCAUCCGUCGGUUGAUCUUGCCCGAGCUAAAAGAGCUCAAGAAGGACCAAAAGGUGAUGACCAAUACAUCCAAAUUCGAACGGGACAUGAAUACAUCCCACUCUUCCGGGAGCACCCCAUCGCGAGACGAGCUCGGAAGACGCCUCUCGAAGCAUGCCAGCGCUCCCGACGUGACGCGGCCUACCGUCGUCCUGAAUAAGGAUGGCCAGGACGAGGGUAUAGUCCUUUCCGGCGAGCCAGCUCCCUCGCAACAUGAGCGCAGACCCAGCAAAGGCAGCGAGGCACCGUCCGAAAACAGCUACGUCAAAUGGGGUCUUCGGCCAGAACUAACAGAAAACGAGAAGCUACGUCGGCAAAAAAGCAAGGGGCUGCGGGAUGCCGAAAAGGCCGCCAGGGUUGGCUCAGCUCUGACCGCAGCCGCUCUUAAGCACCAUGAUUCUCGUUCCAGCAUCGACAAAACCGAACGACGGAGGCCUAGUGGCCCGGGGAGUCGCAAUGGCAGUUUCAACGAUACCGAGUUGGUCUUCCAGAAACACAACGUGGCACCCAUGCCGCUGCGCAGCGCGAUUGAGUCGGACAUGACCAGAGACUCCCUUCUUUCUGAACAGACUGCAGAGCCCUAUGGUUCCCGUGAAACAUCGGUAAUCCACGAUGCUCGUAGCCCGCAUCGAGAUUUGUUGGAUUCGCGAUAUGACCUUAAACACAGCAACUUCUCUAGCCACGACCUGUCGCUCCACGAUUAUCCUGAAGAAGAUUAUCGUGAACAGAGCCUUUCACCUGUAGGGGACGCUGCCGCGGGAGCUAUUGCAGCUGCCGCAGCGGCCAAUCUCUUGGAUGAACAUUCCGGGCAUCAUCACGGCUCUAGGUUCACUGACCGUCGACGCACCCUCAGCCCAAUCCAGAGUGUGGCUAGCAACCAGAGCGAGUCCCACAUCAAACAGGAUUCAAUCCAGCCGGUUGAGCAUGAAUUUUCCGGGACUGAGAAGGAAAUGGAACAACGCCUCUCCAUAGAUUCGCUUUCAUCUGCCCCAAGCACCAACCUUGCAAGGUCUUCACGGCCUCACGGUAUUAGUCUUGCAGGCCAGAAAGAAAUCCUACGACAUAACAACAAGUAUGGGGCUGAACUUGGGAUGACCGGCUUUAUGGACGAGAGUGAGGUGAGCUACAUGGAAAAAGUAAACCAACGUCAGCCCGUUGCAGGCAUCGGUGCCAACCCUCAGGUUAUCCAUCCCAUCGCAGUCGAAUCCGCGGUAGCCUCUCUUCUUGAUCCGUCAAUUAUGGACACGAAGUCCAACCAGUCUGCGGCCAAUCGCUCACAGACUGAUCUCUCCCGGCGUUUGGAAGGCCAAAGUCCCAAGCCAGCGGAAAGGGCAAACCAGACUCCUCACGGGUCCCGCCAAGGAAGCCCUCUAAAACAACGCCAAGACGCCUCCAGUCCAGAUGCGACCUCCUUCCCCCGACGAAUGGGAGCCACGUCGCCUCCCCAGAGUGUUACACAGUCAUUGGAAGACCAGACCGACCCGACACACAUGUUUUCUGAAGACAUCCAUGACCGUGAGAGCCCCAGUCCAGAAGCCGACCGAAGUCCGGAUUCUGAAUCGGAGAUCAAUACGAAUCCAUCUAUUAUCCAAGGCCCAAUCGGAGGAGGCAUGCAUGGAGGUGGCUGGGUAUAUGAGCAGACGCCAGAUAACCGUGGCCAGUCGCCUAUGUUUGACAAUGCUGGCUCCGCUGGCAAUACAGGCCCGGGGUUAGGUGGCCAACCCGAUUACGGUCAUGACUACUAUGAAACAAAUGACUACAACCCCGAUGACUACCUUGAUCAUCAAUACUCAAGAGGUCCGUUGUUUGGCACGCCGCCAGGCAAAGAUGAGGGUUAUGUGUCCGCCCCAAACCCUCUCUCACCGGGUAUCGAUACGCCGGAACCUUUGGACAAAGGGUUCGGUGGUAUGGACACCAAUGGCAUGGGCCUCUUCGAUAGCCCUACUGGAGCUGAUGAUCAGUUCAUGUCUGGUCACCAGCGGCAACUCAGUGGCUACUCACAGGGUGUCGGCUCGCCUCUGUAUGACAGUGCAACUGGGAGGGGCAUUGACCGUAUUCAGUCCAAAGAUAUUGUCGCACUCAUGGACCAUCUCACCGUGCGCGACGCCCAACGAAACGCCCGCGAUACGGAGAUUCUCGUUACCCUUGUUAGAAGCGCAGCGGAAAUGCGCAACUCGUUCGAGGAAAUGAAAAAGUUUAUUGCUCAGCAGGACGGGAUGCUCAUGGAAGCAAGUGACAAGCAGCAUGACCGAACGUAUCGAGCUCUCGGAGGACCUCGCCCACUACCGGCCAGCACCAGAAGCGCCCGCCAGUCUUCUGCAGACGACGAAGACCUACGCUCCAAGCGUAAGAACGUUUUCAAACGUGCACUUAAAGGACUCAGUCUCAAGUCUUCCAACGACCUAUCCAGGAUCGAGGACAUGCUGGAGCAACUGCUCGAUGAGGUUGAAGCACUCCGCGAUGGUCAAGACGAGAGGCUGGGCCGCAGUGGGCCUCGGUCUGCCAGUGUAGAUCCAGAAGGCUACGAGCCCGAAGGACAUGCUGGAACUUCUUCCCCCGACCAUUCCGGGUACUUGCUAUCUACUUCUUCUCGGCCAAUGCCAGAAUCUCGUGGUAAUGGACUGCGGAGAGAUUCUGAACACCGUGUCAGCACUGUUCCAGAAGCCGAUGAGGAGAUGGAAAUCAAUGAGCGUGGAGAGUUCCUGGGCCCAAACCCGGCACCAUUUAACAACACAAACGGCCCACAGGACAGGGCUGGACCCUCCUCGGCCUCCACACCACCUCGGGCACCCAUGGCCUCUGGCGCUCUCAGUAAUGAAACGUCCCCGAAGACAAAUGAGAAGUCCAAGAAGCACAAAUCAAGCAGCUCCUCGUUCUUCCCCAAGAUUUCCCGUUGGUCCAAAACCACGGCAUCGUCCAUGGGAGACAAUAUCCGCAAUAGCAUCCAGCCAGGCCGCAAGGAGCGCCCGUCUUUCGAUGCUUCGCGUUCAGGGUCCGAUAUCCAGGGCCCAUACAAGGCCGCUGACUGGUACGAUCCACAAGGCGACGACAGGCUGCGGUCGACCUACACCCUAGAUGACCAGCAGCAGGAGAACCGGCCCCCAUCGCCUUUGGUUCCUUCCCAGGUUUCGGAAGCUCCGAAAUACAGAGCUCACCGAGAGAGUCUGGAUCUUCAACAUCCUCAGCCUCGCCAGGGGCCUACUGGCCGAUACCAGUCUCAGCUAGAAACACAAGCUCAGAUCUACGGGAUGCCGCCUGGUGCCCCCUCGGACCAGUGGAAUUCCAAUCCGAGCCUGUCAGCUGGGAAUCCCAAUCCGCGACACAGCAGCGGCGCCAGUCGUCUCUCCCCGAUCUCGGAUGCGGGCUACUCGGAGGCCAGCUCUCGACAUACUGGUCCACCGAGGCCCCCAAAGAUCAAGGAUGAUGGUCCAUUGGUUCCUGAGCGGCCGCCAAAGGUCAAGGAGGACGAUGAGCGAUCGUACGUGGACCGCGUUGCUUCGCGGAAUUCUGCAUUACGCUCUUCUCCGCGCAGCACACCGCCCCCCCGUAAACCUACCGGGCCUCGUCCGCUGAAUUCGGGCAGUCAAUAUAGCAGUCCUAGCCGAAGGAAGCGGAGUCAAUAUCGAGCAAGCCCUGAUCAGGUCGACGAGGAAUCUCUCUAUUAGUCUCGCUUGACGAGUAGAUGCCAAUACUUCCUUACGACAUUAUGACUUCUGCCAUUCACAAAUUUCUCUUCUUUAUGAUUCUACGUAUGUUAUGCCUAGCGUCCUU